AUGAAGGAAAGGCCAGCCUUCAGAGCAAUGUCCGUGUGGAUAUUAAAGGGGGAUGUUAAGCACACCACUCGGUCCUGGAUCCCAGGCACUGGGCCCAGGGCCAGAACAGCUACUAACCUUUCCUUCCUCUCUCCCCGGCACCAGAGAGGUGGAGAAGAACGAGUGCUUGAGAAGGAAGAGGAGGAAGAAGAUGAUGAAGACGAAGAUGAGGAGGACGAUGUGUCUGAGGGCUCGGAGGUGCCUGAGGGUGACCGUCCAGCAGGUGCCCAGCACCACCAGCUUAAUGGCGAGCGAGGCCCUCAGAGUGCCAAGGAGAGGGUCAAGGAGUGGACUCCCUGUGGACCCCACCAGGGCCAGGAUGAAAGCCGGGGGCCAGCAGCAGGCAGUGGCACCCGCCAAGUGUUCUCCAUGGCAGCCAUGAAUAAGGAAGGGGGUUCAGCCUCUGCUGCCACUGGGCCAGAUUCCCCAUCCCCUGUGCCUUUGCCCCCAGGAAAACCAGCCCUGCCGGGGGCUGAUGGAACCCCCUUUGGCUGUCCUUCUGGGCGCAAAGAGAAGCCGGCUGACCCGGUGGAGUGGACGGUGAUGGAUGUGGUUGAAUACUUCACCGAGGCCGGCUUCCCGGAGCAGGCAACAGCUUUCCAAGAGCAGGAAAUCGAUGGCAAGUCUUUGCUGCUCAUGCAGCGCACAGACGUGCUGACCGGCCUGUCCAUCCGCCUGGGCCCGGCCCUGAAGAUCUACGAGCACCACAUCAAGGUGCUGCAGCAAGGCCACUUUGAGGAUGACGACCCCGAUGGCUUUCUAGGCUGAGCACCCAGCCUCCCCCUUGCCCCCACCCAUUCCAGCCCCCAUCUCACCCAAGACCCCCAGAGUCCAGGAGCUGGAUGGGGACACUCUCAGCCCUCGUAACAGAUUCCAGUGAGGGGGCAUUCCUCCCUACUCAUCUCUUCCCUGUGUUUCCCCAGCAUACACACACUUGGCCCCCAGCACAUCCUGUACUCCAUGAUAGGGGAGUGUGGGGCGGGACAGGGCCUGCUCAUUUCACCCCAGGAGGCCAGCCCUCCCCCCAAGUCUAGGACAUUUUUGAAAAAAUAAAAAUAAAAAAAUAAAAAAACACAAUGGGGGCUUCCUGUCUCCCCUAGAUCCUUCUCAGUUCAGCCAGAUAUUUCCUAUAUAAAUGUUUUGAUCUGCCUGUUCAUUUUGGUGGGUGGCCUUUCUUCUCUCCCCCACCACCCAUGCUCCAUCCUAGUCUGCCCCUGGGAACAGCUGGGGUGGGGUCCCUGGGUCUUCCCUAACCCUCUCCUUUCUUUCUGUUGGUUGUCGCUCCAGCUGGCUGUAUUGCUUUUUAAUAUUGCACCGAAGGUUUUUUAAAUAAAGUUUUAAAGAAAAAA